AUGCAAUCAAAGCCUGAAAAAACAAACGGACUAGAACCCAAUCCAAACAACAUUCAAGAAUAUACAGUGCACUCAGAACCUUGGUGGCGCAAUAUUGGUUAUAGUUCCAUUCCUCCUGCUAUGACUGGGGGAAAUGCAUCCAACUCAGAAGGACAUAAUGGUUCGGAAUCAAAUGAUGAUCAGUCUCUAUCGAGCAGUAGACUGAACGAGGAAGAUGCUGAUGCUACAAAAGAUUCUCAAGCCUCUGCAUCGUCUCAAUUAGGAAAUCAUGGACAAUUCCAAAAUCUUCAGGGUGUCGUGUCAAACAUGACUACAAUGCACGAUGGCCUUUCACAAUCUCCACAGUUUGAGCUUGUUAGUCACUCUAUUGCAUGUGCAUCAAACCCUUACCAGGAUGUGUAUUAUAGCGGAAUGAUGACUUAUGGACAUCAGCCUUUGGGUUAUCCUCAAUUUGUUGGAAUGCCACAUGCCAGAAUGCUCUUGCCUCUCGAGGUGGCUCAGGAACCUGUUUAUGUGAAUGCCAAGCAAUACCCAGGGAUUAUUAGGCGAAGACAACAGCGUGCGAAAGCAGAGGUUGAGAAGAAGUUGAUAAAAGUUAGAAAGCCAUAUCUUCAUGAAUCUCGGCACCAGCAUGCUAUGAGAAGGGAAAGGAGUUCUGGAGGACGUUUUGCAAAGAAAAUUGGUGAUGAUGCUUCCAAGAACAUAUCUGAAGGCAAGCUCAAUGGUUCUGGUACAGUCCAUGCAUAUCAAUCAGGGAGUUCAUCAGGUUCUGAACCCUUACCCUCUGACUCUGUUGAAACUUGGAAUUCCUGUGAUGGUCAAAAAGAAGCAAGAGAGUCCCAACUGCAUGACACUUUUGAAGCUCAUGACUAUGUAAAUAGAGAUGGCCAUUAUCAAAACCACAGUAGCAUGCAAACCUCUGCAUAUGGCUCGUACUUGGAUGAAAAUGAGGAUGAAGACCGUUCAGUUGAAAAUGAGGAUGAAGACUGUCCAGGCCAGCAACUGGUAAACCAGGCCAAACAAAGGUCCUUUCACCCCCAGUGA